AUGGAUCUGGAGGAGACAUACGAAGAGGGAGACAAUACAGAGCGGAAAAUUACUCGAGCUGCAGCUGCGAAGUUGGUGAAAAAGGCUUUUCUCGAAGCCCUGAAGUCCAAUGACUUUGAAACACUGGAAGAGCUCUUGAGCCAAAAGAAAAUAGACGUGGACACGGUGUUUGAAGUGGAAGAUGAAAACCUGAUUCUGGCAUCCUACAAACAAGGGUACUGGCUGCCUAGCUACAAAUUAAAAAUAUCCUGGGCAACUGGACUUCAUCUAGCUGUCAUGUAUGGACAUCUGGAGAGUCUUUCAGUCCUGCUCAAUCACAAAGCUACAAUCAACUGCCGGCCCAAUGGAAAAGCUGCAAUCCACAUAGCGUGUGAAAUGGCAAAUGUUGAGUGUCUCAAGAUCCUUUGCAACCACGGAGCUAAGCUGAACUGCUUUUCAAUGAGUGGGCAGGCACCCUUGCACUUCUGUACAACACGAACCUCCAUUGCUUGUGCCAAGCAGCUGAUUUGGAGAGGAGCAAAUGUGAACAUAAAAACAAACAACCAAGAUGAGGAGACUCCUCUGCACAUCGUUGCACGUUUGGGUAUCCCUGAGCUCGUGGCCUUUUACGUGGAACAAGGAGCACACAUUGAUGCUCUCAAUGCCUACAUGGAGACUCCCCUGGCCUGUGCAGCCUAUUGGGCCCUUCACUAUAAGGAUCAGAUAUAUAGCCCGGAUCACCACCUCAUCUGUCGGAUGCUCUUAGACUAUAAAGCUGAAGUGAACACUCGUGAUGAGGAUUUCAAAUCACCGCUCCACAAAGCUGCCUGGAACUGUGAUCACGUCCUGCUGCAUAUGCUGCUGGAGGCAGGAGCAGAAGCAAACAUCAUGGAUGUCAAUGGCUGUGCACCCCUACAGUAUAUCAUAAAAGUGACAUCUGUGCGGCCAGCUGCCCAGCCUGACAUCUGCUACCAGCUGCUACUGAAUCAUGGAGCAGCUAGGAUAUACCCACUGCAAUUCCACAAGGUGCUACAAGCCUGUCAUUCCCACCCCAGAGCUGUGGAGGUUGUCGUCAAUACCUACGAACACAUCAAAUCAACAUCUAAGUGGAAAGCAGCCAUACCUGAUGACGUACUUGAGCGGCACCAGGAUUUCUAUGACUCUUUGUUCACUGUGUGCAGCAAUUCACCACGGUCACUCAUGCAUUUAUGCAGAUGUGCCAUUCGGGCGAUAUUGUCAGAAAGGUGCCACCGCGGAGUCCCCUUGCUCUCCAUCCCCCCAUCCAUGAAGAAGUACUUGCUGCUGGAACCAGAAGGAAUCAUCUACUGAGACACAGCAGUGAGGGCACCGGCAUCUCCCUUCCUGGAUCCACGCGUCUCUGCGGGGUGCUGGAGAUGCAGGCGCA